AAGGAUCCGGUGUUGCCAUGAGCUAUGGUUAUUGUUGCCCUGGGCGGGGCCGCUGGGUUUAAGAGCCGGAACCCACCUGGGCUGAAAUGCAGCCCCUGCAGCCUCCACAGACCAGCUCUCGGCACUCGGCUCUCAGGUGCGCUCAGGAGAAGGCUCUCAGCCCUGUCCUGCAACUGUGUCAUGGAGGGUGUGACCCGGGGCCUUCUCCUCCUGCUGGCAGGCCUGCCUAUCUUGGAAGCCAGUAACCUGGUUGAUAAAGACAGCCCUUUCUACUAUGACUGGGAAGGCCUGCAGCUGGGCGGGAUGAUCUGUGCAGCGCUUAUGUGCAUCAUUGGAAUCGCUUUCGCCCUGAGUGGCAAAUGCAAAUGCAAGCAAAAUCAGAAGCACAGCCCCUUACCUGAGAAAGCCGUUCCACUCAUUGCUCCAGGCUCUGCCAGUGCCUGCUAAGCACAAGACCAGCUUGGUGGCUCUCCCUGUACCAGUUUCCAUGCUGUCCCCUCCCCCUUGGGUGGUUAGCCAACCCUUCAUGAUUGCUUUUCUUUCCAGGAAUGAGUCCUUAGGCUCCCUUCUGAUCAGGAGGCUGUCCAAAACUUCUUUCUUAAUUAAACUUCUCUCCCCCA